AUGGCUGACACCGGAGAUGGCGACGAUGAAUUCCACUUUCUCCGAACGGGAGAUGAGGUGGUUUUGCAGAGUACCUUCACCUCCCAGGAGGAACACGUGAAGCUCUGUCUUGCUGCUGAAGGAUUUGGCAGCAGACUUUGCAGACUUGAGCCCACCUCUAACUGCAAGAAUGUUCCCCCAGACUUGUCCGUAUGUGGCUUUGUCCUGGCUCAGUGCCUCUCUGUUCGAGCUCUGCAGGAGAUGUUGGCCCACAGCGAGCACCUGACUGCGGAGGUGGGAGCUGGAGGCAACCAUCGCACUCUGCUGUAUGGCCAGGCUGUGUUGUUCCUACACUCGUACAGUGGCAUGUAUCUCAGCUGCUUGUCUUCGUCUCAGUCUUCAAAUGACAAGCUGGCUUUUGACGUUGGACUACAGGAGGAUAAAGCAGGCGAGGCUUGUUGGUGGACGGUCCACCCAGCGUCCAGGCAGAGGUCAGAGGGUGAGAAGGUGCGUGUUGGAGACGACCUUAUACUGGUCAGUGUGUCUUCAGAGAGAUAUCUGCACCUCUCCUUUGGCGCUGUAUUUGACAACAAAAGUUUGAGUGACAGUCUGAUUGUUGAUGCAGCCUUCCAGCAGACUCUCUGGAGUGUUGCUCCCAUCUGCUCCGGAGGUGCAGUUGCUCAAGGUUACCUGAAGGGGGGCGAAACAUUGCGGCUACUCCACAGCCACAGUGACGCAUGUCUGACUAUUCCCUCCGCAGAGCAGGGAGAGGAGCUUCAAAGGAUAAUGCAUUAUGAGAUUGGAUCAGUCUCCAGCCAUGCCCGCUCUCUCUGGAGGCUGGAGAUUCUGCGUGUUGUCUGGAGUGGUAGGCAUACAUGCUGGGGCCAGCCGUUUAGACUGCGCCAUGUGACUACUGGGAGGUACCUGGGUCUCACAGAGGACAGAGGCCUCCAUCUGGUUGAUCGCGACAGGGCUGACAUCAACACGACCUCCUUCUGCUUCCGAUCAUCCAAGGAGAAGCUUGACACUGGCACAAAGAGUAAUGGCGAUGGCAUGGGAACCCCAGAGAUCAAGUAUGGAGACUCCAUUUGUUAUGUUCAACAUGUGGACUCUGGGCUCUGGCUAACCUACCAAGCCACUGAUGCCAAGUGUCGCACAGGAGGAGCUCAACGAAAGGCCAUUUUGCACAGCGAGGGUCACAUGGACGAUGGACUGACGCUGUCUCGUUCUCAGAGGGAAGAAUCUCACACUGCCAGACUCAUCCGGAGCGCUACUCACCUCUUCACUCCCUUGAUAAGGCAACUGGAUUGUUUCAAUCAAGAAGGAAACCUUCCCUCUGUCAGCCUACCAAUGGAGAUGGUGAAAUACAGUCUAAAGGACCUAAUAAACUACUUCCAGCCUCCACUGGAGGGGCAAAGCCAUGAAGUUAAACAGAACACCAUGACAGCGCUGAAGAAUCGACAGAACAUGUUUCAAGAAGAGGGUGUGAUAGAUCUGGUCCUAGACUGUAUCGACCGUCUUCACCAAUACAGCAGUCCUUCUCAUUUUGCUGAAGCUGCUCAGAGUGACACAGGAGAAGAGUGGGAGACCAUCCUGAACCGUUUCUACGAGCUCCUGGCCGCUCUGAUCCGGGGAAACCGCGUGAACUGCGCACAUUUUUCAGGUUCUCUCGACUGGCUCAUUAGCAGGCUGGACCGGCUGGAGGCCUCUUCUGGAGUCUUGGAGGUGCUGCACUGUGUCCUAGUGGAAAGUCCCGAAGCGCUCAAUGUCAUCAAAGAAGGACACAUUCAGUCUAUCAUCUCAUUUCUAGACAAGCAUGGAUGCAACCACAAGGUUGCGUUCCAGGUGCUGGAGAUGCUGUGCUCUCUGUGUGUGUGCCAUGGUGUGGCGGUGCGGUCCAAUCAGAACCUCAUCUGUGACAGCCUGCUGCCAGACAGGGAUUUGCUACUCCAAACACGUCUGGUUAAUCAGGUCACCAGCAUGAGACCAAACAUCUUCCUGGAUAUGGGGGAAGAUUCAGCCCAGCAUCGGAAGUGGUAUUAUGAGCUGGUUGUGGAUCACGUCGACCCCUUCCUUACAUCUGAGCCCACACACCUGCGUGUUGGCUGGGCUUGCACUAGAGGCUAUCAGCCCAGGCCCACAGGAGGAGAGGGCUGGGGGGGCAACGGGGUGGGAGACGACCUCUGCUCGUACGGCUUUGAUGGGCUUCACCUCUGGUCAGGCUGCGUGGCGCGCAAAGUCAGUUCGCCCUUCCCUCACCUGCUGAGAGACGAUGAUGUGGUUAGCUGCUGUCUUGACCUCACUGUUCCCUGCAUCUCCUUCCGGGUCAACGGCCUACCUGUGCAGGGCAUGUUGGAGAACUUCAGUGCUAAUGGGCUUCUUUGUCCUGUGGUCAGCUUCUCUGCUGGAGUCAAGGUUCGUUUUCUGUUUGGGGGAAGGCAUGGGAACUUUCGCUUCCUGCCCCCACCAGGAUUUGCUUCAUGCUCUGAAGCUCUGCUCCCAAAAGUCAAGCUGAAGGUAGAGCCAUGUCAGAAAUACAUGUUGGAUCGUGGAGAAGGAAAACAAGAGCUAAUUGGCCCCUUUGUACCCAACACUCCUGUUACCUUUACUCCCACACCAGUGGACAUCAGUAAGGUAGUGUUGCCCCCACAACUCGAGGACAUCAGAGAAAAAAUGGCUGAGAAUAUUCAUGAACUCUGGGUAAUGGACAAGAUUGAUCUUGGAUGGACGUAUGCACCUGUGAGAGAUGAAGGUAAGAAGCAUGAUCCGUGUGUGGUGGAGUUCUCCAAGCUGCCGGAGCUGGAGAGAAACCAGAACCUUCAGAUGGCUCAGGACACCCUCAGGACUCUACUUGCGCUUGGGUUUCACAUCGGUUUGACGGAUGACCAUGCAGAGGAACAUGUCAAAUACAAGAGACUUCCCACUAAGUAUGAACAGCUCAGUGGCUAUAGGCCCGCUCCAAUAGAUUUGAGCCAGGUUUUUCUGACCUCAACCGUUGAGGAAGUGGUUAACCUGCUGGCAGAGAAUGAACACAAUACGUGGGCAAGAGAGCGUAUCAAACAGGGAUGGACCUAUGGAGCCCAACAGGAUGUGAAAGCGAAGCGGAGCCCAUACCUCGUGCCCUACAGCCUUCUUGAUGAAAGGACUCGGAGAAUGGGCAGAGAGAGUGUCAGAGAGGCUGUCUGUACCUUGCUGGCAUAUGGUUACAGCCUGGAGCCCCUCAACCAAGAACGAACCACGAUAUCAAAACCCUGUCUGUUCUCUGCGGAGAAGUGCAGAGUGUUCAGGCCAGAUAAAUCAUAUGCUGUGACUCGGGGGAAGUGGUAUUUUGAAUUUGAAAUACUGACAGCAGGGAAUAUGAGAGUGGGCUGGGCCCGACCGGCCUGUACCCCAGAUAAAGAGCUCGGCUCAGAUGACCAGGCGUAUGUCUUCGACGGAUGCGAGGCUCAGUGGCACCAUCGGGGAGGUGAACCUCUGGGACGUCCGUGGCUCAGAGGCGAUGUGGUGGGUUGUUUGGUGGACAUGACUGAAUGCACCAUGAUGGUCACGCUCAAUGGAGAGGUGCUGUUUAAUGACAGAGGAUCAGAGCUGGCUGCCAAGGACUUUGAUAUCAGAGAUGGUCUGUUGCCUGUGAUCAGUGUUGGGGUCAACCAGGUGGGGCGGCUAAACCUGGGCCGCCGAGUGGGCUCUCUGCGCUACUUCACUGUGUGUGGCCUGCAGGAGGGCUAUAAGCCUUUUGCUGUCAACAUGGCCAGAGACCCCGCCCUGUGGAUGAGCUGGCAACAACCUCAGUUUACCUCCAUUCUGCCUGAUGAUCACAACUUGCAGGUCACCCGAGUCAGUGGCUCCAAGGAUUCCUCAUCCAGCCUGAGGGUCUCUCAGCGGUUGGUAGCCCACCACGGGGCGGGGAGUGAGAUGGGCUUUUACCGACUCAGCAUGUCCAUCAAAUGUGCUGCCAUUCUCAGAAGCCCUGCAGGGGGUGUGCUUCCCAUGGCCUCCAACUCGCUCUCUCCAGGAAAGAAAGAGCAAGAGGAGGUUGACUCUGACUUUGAAGUGCUGAUGAAGUCGGCCCACAGCUUUGCUGGCUCAAGAGAUGAGCUCAACCAUAAGGAUCACAGCCAAGACAAAACAUCAAGAUUGAAACAACGGUUCAUGCUGAAGAGGACUAAACCUGGAUUACUCAGCAGCAACUCAUCCGCAAGACUUCUUGAAGAUGUUGUAGUUGACAAAGACAACUAUGAUCACCUGAUUCAAAGCUCCAGAUAUUACUACUCAGUGAGGGUUCUUCCAGGCCAGGAGCCGCUCAAUGUGUGGGUCGGCUGGGUGACUGCUGACUUUCAUCAACAUGACACAGCAUUCGACCCUGACAGCGUCCACACUGUGACUGUCACCCUCGGAGACGACAGUGGCAAAGUCCAGGAAAGUGUGAAGCGGUGUAACUGUUACAUGGUGUGUGCCGGAGAGGCAACAGGCCUGUCUCAGAGUCGGAGAAGUGCAGGGUUGGAAAUUGGCUGUUUAAUUGACUCAACCACUGGGCUGCUCACCUUCACUUCCAGUGGAGUGGAGAUGGCCACUUUCUACCAAGUGGAGGCCAAUACAAAGCUGUUUCCUGCUGUUUUUGUCAAACCCACCACCAGCAACAUGUUUCAGUUUGAACUGGGACGCAUCAAGAAUGUGAUGCCACUGUCAUCAGGUUUGCUACGCAGCCAAAGAAGGAACGCCACUCCUCAGUGCCCACCAAGGUUUCAGGUCCAGCAUCUCAGCCCUGUUUCAUGGACCAGAGUACCAGACUGUCCAUUAAAGGUGUUAGUGGAUCAUCCAGAUGAGCAGCAUGGCUGGAGGGUUCAGUGCUGUGAGCCCCUGCAAGUCAUGUCUCUUCAGAUGCCUGAUGAAAACAGGUGUGUUGACAUUUUGGAGCUGUCAGAACUCGACGACCUUUUAACAUUUCACCACCAUACCCUCCUCCUCUACUGCUCUUUAUGUGCCCUCGGAAACACCCGAGUUUGCCACGCCCUCUGCAGUCACGUGGACCAGUCGCAAGUCUUUUAUGCUAUUCAGAAUCCCCACCUCCCUGGCCCACUCCGCUCUGCUUUUUAUCAACUGCUUAGUCAGGUUUACCUCAGCUGCCACAGCACAGCAUGUCUCAUGAUGAACCAUGAAUACGUUGUUCCUAUGACUGACCAAACCAGGGAAAUCACCCUCUAUCCCAACCCUGCUAAUGCUGUUAAUGAAGGGAAUAAUCAGCCUCCAGAAGGAAUUCCCAGCGCUAGGCGUAGCACAGGCCUUAAACCACAGAUGCAUUUUUCAUCUCCUUGUUUUGUCAGAAUCGAUGGGAUGGACGGAGAUAGCACGGUUGAAAUAGCCUGCACAGACAGCCCAGAAAUCCCUCUGGACAUAUUGAAGAAUCUGACUGUGGAGAUGCUGACUGCUGGAGUUUGGGCUGUGGGUCAGGCUGUGAGGGAUCCUGCAGGAGGCAAUAUUGAGCUUCUGCUUGUUCCUCUGUUAAGACUGUUCUAUAGCCUAUUGGUCAUGGGGUUAUUUGGGGAUGAGGACCUGGGGAAGGUUCUUAGACUGAUGGAGCCAGGUGUUUUCUACACAAAUACUGAAACUGCCAAAGAGGAGGAAGAGGAGGAGGAGGAGGAGGAGGAGGAGGAAGAAGAAGAAUCUAAAGAUGUUAAACAAGGACUUCUUAAAAUGAAGCUUCCAGAAGCUGUCAAACUUGAGCUCUGCCACCUGCUAUCCUACCUUUGUGAUUGCCAGUUGCGGCACCGGGUGGAAGCUGUGAUUGCCUUCUCUGAUAACUUUGUGGGUCAGCUGCAGGAGAACCAACAAUUCCGCUAUAACCAAGUCAUGCAGGCACUCAACAUGUCCGCCGCCCUUACUGCUCGCAUAACGAAGGAGUUCCGCUUACCUCCGCAGGAACAGAUCAAUCUGUUGCUGAGCUUCAGAGAGGAUGAGCAGCAAGACAGCUGUCCGUGUCCAGUGGAAAUCCAAGAGCUGCUGCUGGAUUUCCAUCACCUCCUCAACACACACUGCGGCUUCGAAUUGGACAGUGGCUCAGAGGAAGAAGAGGAUGCUGAGACGUCUGUAAAAGAUCGACUUCUCAAUCUAGUGGCGAGAGUUACUGGACUUAAUAAGACACCCACAGAAAAGGACGAUUGCACAUCAAACAGUCAGAAGUCCCUGAAGAAGCUGAUCUCUGAAACGAUGGUGCGCUGGGCUCAAGAGAGUGAGAUGGAUGACCCAGAACUAGUGAGGGCUAUCUUCUCAUUACUGCACCGCCAGUAUCAGGGCCUCGGGGGCCAAAUGGGGGGAGCCCUCUGCAAAGCCUACACAAUCAGCCAGUCUUCAGUGGAGGACACCAUGGCACUGUUGUCCUCCCUGGGCCAAAUCCGCUCACUGCUCAGUGUCCGGAUGGGGAAAGAGGAAGAGAGGCUGAUGAUCAGAAGACUUGGAGACAUCAUGAAUAAUAAAGUUUUCUACCAACACCCCAACCUAAUGAGGGCACUGGGAAUGCAUGAGACUGUGAUGGAGGUGAUGGUCAACGUUCUAGGAGAAGGACAAUCAAAGGAAAUUACUUUUCCCAAGAUGGUGGCCAGCUGCUGUCGUUUCCUGUGUUACUUCUGCCGCAUCAGUCGUCACAAUCAGGGAGCCCUGUUUGACCAUCUCAGCUACUUAUUGGAAAACAGCAGUGUUGGGCUCGCGUCACCGUCCAUGCGUGGGGCCACUCCUCUAGAUGUGGCAGCAGCCUCUGUUAUGGAUAAUAACGAACUGGCCUUAGCACUGAGGGAACCCGACCUAGAGAAGGUGGUGCAGUGCCUUGCUGGCUGUGGUCUCCAGAGCUGUUCUAUGCUGGUGGCAAAAGGCUAUUCUGACAUUGGAUGGAAUCCUGUGGAGGGCGAACGUUACCUGGACUUUCUGCGUUUUGCUGUCUUUUGCCAUGGUGAGAGUGUAGAGGAGAAUGCUUAUGUGGUGUUGAGACUGUUGAUUCGCCGGCCUGAGUGUUUUGGUCCAGCGCUGCAAGGCGAUGGAGGAAAUGGUCUCCUAGCUGCCAUGGAGGAAGCCAUCAGGAUCUCUGAAGACCCCUCUAUGGAUGGACCUUGCACCACUUACCAGUCCAACAGAACACUAGAUGUUGUCCAGGACAGUGAUGAUGACCUCAUUCACAUGGGACACGCCAUCAUGACCUUCUACUCUGCUCUUAUUGACUUGCUGGGACGCUGUGCUCCAGAGAUGCAUCUGAUUCAAGGAGGCAAAGGAGAAGCUAUCCGCAUCAGGGCCAUUCUCAGAUCACUCAUCCCUAUUCAGGAUCUUGAGGGAGUCAUCAGCAUCUCUUUUCAAAUCCCUUCAGUGUCAAAAGAUGGUCUGUUGGUCGAGCCUGACUUGUCUACAGUGUUCUGCCCAGACCACAAGGCAGCUAUGGUUCUGUUCCUGGAUCGGGUUUAUGGCAUUGAGAACCAGAGCUUCCUUCUCCACCUUCUAGAAGUUGGCUUUCUGCCUGACCUUCAGGCGGCCGUCUCGCUUGACACCGUNGACUUAGGAUCCACUGAUAUGGCCCUGGCCCUCAAUAGAUACUUGUGCACAGCUGUUCUCCCCCUGCUUACCAAGUGUUCAGCUCUCUUCCUUGGCUUAGAGGAUCAUAUCUUUCUGGUUGAUUCUCUCAUCCAGGCAGUCUAUCGCCUCUCAAGGGCUCUAAGCUUGACCAAGGCUCAGAGAGACACUACUGAAGAUUGUUUGUUAGCUUUGUGCAGUAAACUCCAACCAUCCAUGAUGCAGCCUCUUCUCCGACGGCUUGUCUUUGAUGUUCUCCAUCUCUCAGACCACAGCAAAAUGUCACUAAAGCUGCUGACCAGUCACUACGAGCAGAGGUGGAGGUACUACUCCCAAGCUGCCGGGCAGGGCGACCAGGGUUUGGCCUCUGAAGAGGAGCUGCACCUGUCCAGAAAGUUGUUCUGGGGGGUGUUUAAGGCCUUGGCAAAGAAGCCUCUGUUAUUUAGGCUGUGUGUGCAGUGCCUGGCUGCUGUGGCCAGAGCCCUGCCUCCUGACCAUAUGGACCCAAGCUGUUUGUCUCAAAUGGAGAAAAAACACUUAAUGGACACAGAUGGACACUUUGACCCCCAACCUGUAAAUACCUCCAGUGUGUCUGUGCCAGAGAGACUGGAGCUUGUAGUGAACAAGUAUGCAGAGCAUACUCAUGAGAAGUGGUCACUGGACAAGUUUGCCAACGGCUGGGUUCACGGGGAGCAGCUUUGUGAGAACACCAAGGUUCACCCUCUCCUCAAGCCGUACAGGGCUCUGGCUGAGAAGGAGAAGGACGCAUACCGCUGGGCCAUCAAAGAGACCAUGAAGAGUAUGCUGGCCUUCGGUUGGACCAUAGAGAGGACUAAAGCUGGAGAUGCAUUCGGCAUGCAUGCCUGUGCACCCAAGGUCUCUCAGUCUGGACAGUUGUCUUUUGAAGGAGCAUCAACCUUCAGCCCCAAACCUAUGGACAUGAGCAGUAUCACCUUGUCGUGGGACCAGUGUGCCAUGGCUGAACAGUUGGCUGAAAACUACCACAAUGCCUGGGCUAAGAAGAAGAAAUUAGAACUGGAGAGUAAAGGAGGGGGUGGCCAUUCAAUGCUUGUACCCUAUGAUACACUGACUGCCAAGGAGAAGACCAAAUUCAGAGAAAGAGCUCAGGAUGUCCUCAAGUUCCUCCAGCUCAAUGGUUACACUGUGUGGAGGGAUCGGAAGACGGUGGAAAUGGACUUUCCAGCCAUGGCCAGCUGCUUUGGCUACACUCUGCUUCAGCGGCUGCUGUCUCACACUGAGGAGGCUCAAGAGAAUGUGCUGAAGCUUGAGGUGAUGCAAGCCAGAGGACAGAUGUCUAAAGGAGAGAAGGCUCCACACCAGCAACCAAUAAUAUUCUUUCACAAGGUUGUCCUUCCUCUUUUGGAACAGUACAUGAAAAGCCAUCAUCUGUACUUCCUGUCCACUUCUCUCUGCUCAAGUGAUAAUAAAAGCCAUGCAUCAAAAAAGGAAAAGGAGAUGGUUGCAUGCCUCUUUUGUAAGCUUGCAGCUCUAGUAAGACACAGGAUCUCACUCUUUGGUAAGGAAGCCUCUUCAGUUGCAAGUUGCCUUCACGUUUUGGCUCAAGCUCUUGAUGCCAGAACACUGAUGAAGUCAGCUCCGGAGUCUAUCCACACGUCCCUGAAUUCAUUUUUCGAGGCGGCCGCAGCUGAUUUGGAGAUGACUGUGGAAAAGCUUUCUGAGACCUUGGUCUGCUUGCCUCAGAGUAGGAGUCAACUGACCAGAGGAAUACCCAAGAUUCUCAACUACACGAUCUCAAUUCUUAUCCCCACCCUCACGUCGCUCUUCCGUCAUCUUGGAAACCAAAACUAUGGAGUGGACCUCCUGGUUGGCGGUGUCCAGGUUUCCUGUUACAGGAUCUUGAACAGCCUCUACUCUCUUGGAGUCAGUAGCAGCAUUUACAUGGACGGACACAGGUCGGCAGCAGGAGCUUGUUUGGCAGCCCUGACUGGGGCUUUUCCAGUAUGCUUCCUGGAGCCAGUGCUAAACCAAAACAACCCUUACUCCAUCUACAAUACCAUGAAUGCUACUGAGAAAAAAGACCAGGGGCUGCCAGAUCAGGUUGAGGACAUGUGUCCCCUCCUGCCUUCUCUGGGACAGGCACUCUGGGAAGUGGAGGAGUUGGCAGGUGCCGGCGCUGGAGCUCGCCAGGCCCACUACAUCCAUGUCACAGAGGUCACCUUGCCCAUGUUGUGCAGCUACAUUUCCCAUUGGUGCCACUUGGGCCCUGAGGGCCAGCCAGGCAGCUCAAUCUGCACCUGUGUCAUUCCUCAGCAUGCUAGUGACCUACUUGGCCACAUCCUCCGUAUCAUCCACAACCAUGUGGGUGCUAGCCAGGGUGACUGGAUGAAACAGCUGGCAGUUUUUUCGCAGCCCAUCCUAUGCAAAGCCCGCACUGAGCUGUUGAAGAGCCACUUUCUGCCACUGAUGGAGAAGUUGAGAAAGAGAGCAGAAUGUGUGUUGCUGGAGGAGGAGCAGAUGAAAGCAGAGGGGUGUUGUACCUCUGAAGCAGAGCUGCAGAUACAGGAGAAGUUCACUGUGCUGGUCCGAGACCUCUACGCCUUCUAUCCCCUUCUCAUCCCAUUUGUGGAUUCUAAUCGAGCCAGAUGGCUGAAAGAGCCGAACCCGGAGGCUGAGCAGCUGUUCAGCAUGGUGGCAGAGGUCUUUAUGUUCUGGGCCAAAUCUCAUAAUUUCAAAUGGGAGGAGCAGAAUUACGUGGUUCAAAAUGAAAUCAACAACUUGGCUUUCUUGGUCAAUAAUGAGAAAAUGUCCAAGUUUGACCAUGACAGGAGGAGGGUGAAGAGGAAGGGGGAUCGCUAUUCCACACAAACCUCUCUCAUUGUGGCUUCUGUAAAGAGGCUGGUACCUGUGGGACUCAGGGUUUGUUUUCCAAGCGACCAGAGCCUUAUCAUGUUGGCUAAGAACAGCUUCUCUCAGAAGAACACCGAAGAUGAGAUUCGAGAACACAUUUUCAACUGCCUCAUACAACUGCAGAGUCAGGCGUCAAACAGCUUGUGGCAGGAAAUCCUUGCAGAACAUCCCAUGCACCUCGGGGCUAUCGAUGAUGCACAAAGGACUGUAGGCAGGAUUCUGGAAAUAGGUCGAGUCCUUUAUUACCUGGACCAGGUGGAACACCCACAGAGGAAUAAAAAACCUGCGUGGCACAAGGUCUUAUCCAAACAGAGGAAGCGUGCAGUCGUGGCCUGCCUAAGGAUGACACCUCUCUACAAUCUACCCAGGCACCGAGCUGUCAACCUGUUCCUUCAAGGCUACAAUAAGUCCUGGAUAUCAGCUGAGGACUACAGCUUUGAGGAGAUGCUUGUGGAGGAUUUAGCUAAGGGGGGAGUGAUGGAACUGUGUGGAGGUGACAAAGGGGAAGAAAAGGAUGUGGAAGAAGGUGCCAAACCAAUCGAUCCCCUUCUACAACUCAUUACACUCUUCGGUCGAAGCGCUUUGACGGAAAGCAGUAAGCAUGGAAAUGACAGUCUCUACAACUCCUAUGCUGCUAUUAUGGCCAAGAGUUGUUGCAGAGCGAGUGAUGACAGUGAAGAAGAGGAGGUGGAAAGCUUUGAAGAGAAGGAGAUGGAGAAACAGAAGCUGCUUUACCAGCAGGCUAGAUUGCACUGUCGUGGAGCUUCUGAGAUGGUCCUGCAAACUAUCAGUGCCAGCAAAGGUGUCAUGGACUCCAUGAUUGCCCCGACGCUGAAACUAGGCAUUGCUAUUCUCAACGGAGGGAAUGCUACUGUUCAACAGAAAAUGCUGGAUUAUCUGAGGGAGAAGCGAGAUGUGGGCUUCUUUCAGAGCAUGGCUGGACUCAUGUGGUCCUGUAGUGUUCUGGAUCUGAAUGCAUUUGAGAGGCAGAACAAAGCAGAGGGAUUAGGCAUGGCCACGGACGAGAGCUCAGGAGAGAAGGUGAUGCCUGACAAAGACAUAACCUGUGACCUAUUCCGUUUCCUGCAGCUGCUCUGUGAAGGACACAACUCAGAUUUCCAGAAUUACUUGAGAACACAAACGGGCAACAACACCACUGUCAACAUCAUCAUAUCCACUGUGGACUAUUUGCUACGAGUUCAGGAGUCAAUCAGUGACUUCUACUGGUACUACUCAGGGAAGGAUGUGAUUGAUGCGCAAGGUCAACGCAACUUCUCCAAGGCCAUCGAAGUAGCCAAACAGGUCUUCAACACACUCACCGAGUACAUACAGGGCCCGUGUACUGGGAACCAACAGAGUCUCGCUCACAGUCGUCUGUGGGACGCUGUUGUGGGAUUCCUCCAUGUCUUUGCCCAUCUGCAGAUGAAGCUCUCUCAGGAUUCAAGGCAGAUUGAACUACUGAAGGAGCUCAUGGACUUACAGAAGGACAUGGUUGUGUUUUUGCUUUCUAUGUUGGAAGGUAACGUCGUCAAUGGAACUAUCGGGAAGCAGAUGGUGGAUAUGCUGGUGGAAUCAUCGGGCAAUGUGGAGAUGAUCCUUAAGUUUUUUGACAUGUUCCUCAAACUUAAAGACCUCACCUCCUCAGAUGCCUUCAGAGAGUAUGACCCUGAUCGUAAAGGCAGCAUAUCCAGGAAGGACUUCCAGAAGGCCAUGGAAAAUUGCAAGCGUUUCUCCCAAUCUGAGACUCACUUCCUGCUCUCCUGUAUAGAGACUAAUGAUAGUGACAUCGUGGAUUACGAGGCGUUUGUAGAUCGCUUCCACGAGCCGGCAAAAGACAUCGGCUUCAGCAUCGCCGUUCUUCUCACCAAUUUGUCCGAGCACAUGCCCAACGAUUCGAGACUGAGGACGUUCUUGGAACUGGCAGAGUGUGUCUUGACUUACUUCCAGCCCUGUUUAGGACGCAUCGAGAUCCUUGGCAGUGGAAAGCGAUUCGAACGUGUUUACUUUGAGAUCAGUGAAUAUAGCCGCACACAGUGGGAGAAGCCGCAGGUCAAAGAGUCCAAGAGGCAAUUCAUUUUUGAUGUGGUCAACGAGGGUGGAGAGAAGGAGAAAAUGGAGAUGUUUGUCAAUUUCUGUGAGGACACCAUCUUUGAGAUGCAACUCGCGGCCCAGAUAUCUGGCUCCAACACUGGAGAGAGGUGUGCUGGAAAAGAAGAGGAGGAAAAGAGCGAAGAAGAAGGCUUCGACAAUAAAGGGAUGUUUUUCUUGCAUUAUUGGUGCCUGUGGCUGACAUCUCUGCUUUCUGUGAAAACCCUGAAGACUCUGAUGAAGAUGACUGUGAAGGAUGUCCUCCUGUCAGUUGUUUUAUUCCUCAGACUGAUCUGUAUGGCUCAGGUCAGGUGCAUAUGUGCUGUAGCUCGCUGCAUCAUAUAUGUGCUGUACAUGGUCUUUGUUAGCGGUGGGCUCAUAGAGGGAGCCAAAAGGACGAGGAUGUCGGACUUGCUCGGUGGGAUCCUGGAACCAACUCUUGAUGAGGUCAUGGAGGUGCCAAGUGGUGUGGAUCGGCUGAGGAAGUGCUCUGCCGGUUUCUCGUCCCAGAGAGAAUUGAGGGAGAUUGGGCAGAUGGCAGCUGUGACCUCCCCCAGAGAGGUGGAUGUACUGUCAGACAUAUUUGGGAUCAAACUGAAAAAGGAAGGAGGCCAAUACAGAUUUAUGACACAAGACCUCACUGCCAGUCUCACUGACCUGUUCAGCACAACCUCCAGGACAAUUGCCACUGCUGACAUGUCGGACAAGCAUCCAACAUCGUUUAAAGACCACACGGCCACAGAGAAAAAAGGUGAAGAUGAGACAGUUCCUGGAUUAGACGACACAGAUGGGAAGAAAUCUGAGACGAAAACUGGCAAUGAGAAAGCAGAGGCAAGAUGGAGAGCUAAGAAAUGCCCUCAUAGGUCAAAGGAACCACAGAACCAACAUUCUGCCCUCUGGGAGAUGAUAAGCACUCAUAACAAGAGCCUGCUGAACUGCUUUGCAAGGAAUUUUUACAACAUGCGCUUGCUCGCCCUUUUUGUCGCCUUUGGAAUCAACUUCAUUCUGCUCUUCUACAAGGUGGCAUCCUUCCCUGCAUUAGAAGAAGAAGAAGAAGAAGAAGGGGCGAUCACGUCUGUUUACAGCGAAGAACUGAACUCUGCUCCUGAAGAUGACAGCAAGGACAGAGUUUAUUUUGUGCUGGAAGAGAGCAGUGGAUACAUGGAGCCCUCUCUCCGUUUCCUGGCUGUUGCUCACACAAUCAUCUCCUUCUGUUGUAUUAUUGGUUACUAUUGCCUGAAGGUACCGCUGGUGAUCUUCAAACGUGAGAAGGAGGUGGCACGCCGGUUGGAGUUUGAUGGGCUGUACGUGACUGCGCAGCCCCCUGAGGAAGACAUCAAAGGGCAAUGGGACCGACUGGUCAUUAACACACCGUCAUUUCCAAGCAAUUACUGGGAUAAAUUUGUGAAGAGGAAGGUGAUGGAUAAGUAUGGCGACUUUUACGGCUGCGAGAAGAUCAAUGAACUCCUGGGUUUGGACCAAGCUGCUUUAGACUUUAGCUCUGAGAGAAAAGAAAAGAAGAGGCUCAAGAGAGACACUGCCUGGAGUGUUCUAUUUAACUCCAUUGACGUGAAGUACCAGAUCUGGAAGCUGGGAGUUGUGUUCACUGACAAUUCCUUCUUGUACUUGGCCUGGUACAUGAUCAUGUCUGUUCUGGGCCAUUAUAACAACUUCUUCUUCGCUGCCCACCUCUUGGACAUCGCCAUGGGCUUCAAGACACUUCGUACCAUCCUUUCGUCCGUCACACACAACGGGAAGCAGUUGGUCCUGACUGUGGGCCUGCUGGCGGUCGUGGUGUAUCUCUACACCGUCGUAGCGUUUAACUUCUUCAGGAAGUUUUACAACAAGAGUGAGGACGACUCACAAGACAUGAAGUGCAACGACAUGCUCACUUGUUACAUGUUCCACAUGUAUGUGGGCGUGCGUGCCGGCGGUGGCAUCGGCGACGAGAUUGAAGAUCCUGCCGGUGAUGAGUUCGAGGUGGAACGAAUCGUCUUUGACAUCACGUUUUUCUUCUUCGUCAUUGUCAUCCUCCUGGCCAUCAUCCAGGGCUUGAUAAUUGAUGCCUUUGGAGAGCUGCGAGACCAGCAGGAGCAGGUGAAAGAGGAUAUGGAGACCAAAUGUUUUAUAUGCGGAAUAGGAAGCGAAUACUUUGAUACAGUCCCUCAUGGCUUCGAGACUCACACUCUGCAGGAGCACAACUUGGCCAACUAUCUAUUUUUUCUCAUGUACCUUAUUAACAAGGAUGAAACUGAACACACGGGGCAGGAAUCCUAUGUGUGGAAAAUGUACCAGGAGCGUUGCUGGGAAUUCUUUCCUGUGGGAGACUGUUUCCGUAAGCAAUAUGAGGAUCAACUGGGAUGAAAGGAAAUCUAAGAAGGUCUAAAGCCUCCCCAGAUAGUGUCAUUACAUCGAAGCCGUCUCCGUCGAUGCCCUUGAACUCACUAAAUUACCAUAAAUUUGUGUGUUUCCACUAUAUUGAUAUUAGAUUUCUGAGUGUUUUUCUUUCCCCCCCU